AUGGUGGAAGACGAAGCUGGCCUCUUUCGAUCUCGCGACUGCUUUGGUGAACGGACGAGGGACAGACGACCCAAACAGGGAGACGUCGUCUUCGCAAAGAAUGAUUUCGGGGAGCGAUGGAUGGCAGUGAUCGACCAGGUGUGCUUCAUCAUCGUGAAUGGCGUCGAAACGAAGGCGAUAUAUUCCGUGCCGUUGUGGUCCGUUGCCCAUCUGUACGACGCUAUCGCGGCGGGACAGGUAGGAAACCCCGAGGUCCUGAAACAGCAGCUCAAGGACUUGCCCCUCGAUUGGUGGUUUGUGGCGGCUAACCACACCGACAUCCUGUACGCCGACGAUCAGCUGAUCAGCGGUGUCACGCAGGACGACAUGGCCAGGCUGGGAUAUAUUGAUCCGGAGUUCUAUCUUCUCAUCCAGGACGUCGAAACUACCGACCUCAAGAAUCCUCAGCGUCCGCGGGAGUUUAUAAUCGCCUCCCGUUUGGAUAUAUCACCGCUCUUGGCGUACUAG